AUGGCUUCUGGUAUGCCACCCGUCCCGGCUAAGGACGAUGUGAACGCUACAUGGAAGUACCUCGAAGCCGGUGUCGACAAGAUCAUGACGAACCUGCGAGAAGGUGUCGACAUGAAGACGUACAUGGGUCUCUACACUGCCAUCCACAACUUCUGUACAGCCCAAAAGGCCGUCGCGGGCUCGUCGUUUCACGCCUCCAACAACCGCGGGGGUGCCCAUCUUCUCGGAGAAGACCUCUACCAGCACCUAAUCGAAUACCUCAAGGCGCACCUUUCCGAAGUGCAGGCGGCUUCACGGCAACAUGUUGACGAAGCGCUUCUCCACUUCUACAUCAAGGAGUGGAAUCGUUACACAACAGCCGGCCAGUACAACAACCAUCUGUUCCGGUAUCUGAACCGCCAUUGGGUCAAGCGUGAGAUGGAUGAAGGAAAGAAGCACAUCUAUGACAUCUACACACUUCACCUGGUGCGCUGGAAGGAGGACAUGUUUACGGGCAGCCAGGAGAGCGUCAUGCGCUCGGUGCUCAAGCUGGUCGAGAAGCAGCGAAACGGCGAGACUAUAGAACAGUCACAGAUCAAGUCGGUCGUCGACUCCUUCGUAUCGCUAGGUUUGGACGAGGCCGACAGCUCCAAGUCGACAUUGGAUGUCUACAAGGAGUACUUUGAAAAGCCCUUCCUAGAGGCCACCGCGCAAUACUACGACAACGAGUCUAAGCAAUUUUUGGCGGAGAACAGCGUGGUUGAAUACAUGAAGAAGGCAGAGAUCCGUCUGGAAGAGGAGAAGGAGCGCGUCCCACUGUACCUGCUUAGCGAGAUCAUGUCACCUCUGAUGCGGACGUGCGAACAGUCGCUUAUCACCAGCCACUCGCAAGCUCUUCGCGAAGAAUUUCAGAUCCUUCUUGACCACGACAAGGAGGAGGACCUGGGCCGCAUGUAUAAGCUGCUCGCCCGCAUUCCAGAGGGUCUGGAUCCCUUGCGUCUUCGGUUCGAGAACCACGUCCGUAAGGCGGGUCUGGCCGCAGUUGACAAGAUUGCGCAAGAUGGAGACAACCUGGAGCCAAAGGUGUACGUUGAAGCCCUCCUUGAGGUCCACACGCAGUACCAGGCGCUCGUCAACAAAGCUUUCAACGGAGAGUCUGAGUUCGUUCGCUCGUUGGACAACGCCUGCCGAGAGUUCGUCAAUAGGAACAAGAUCUGCAAGUCGGGCUCCAACAAAUCCCCUGAGCUUCUUGCCAAGUACACCGAUACUUUGCUGAAGCGCUCCAACGCCAAGAUGAGCGAAGAGGACGACAUGGAGAAGCUCCUGACACAGAUUAUGACUGUCUUCAAGUACAUUGAAGACAAGGAUGUGUUCCAGAAGUUCUACUCGCGUAUGUUGGCCAAGCGUCUAGUCCAGACCACUUCCGCAUCCGAUGACGCCGAGACGAGCAUGAUUUCGAAGCUGAAGGAGGCCUGUGGUUUCGAAUACACCAACAAGCUCCAGCGCAUGUUCCAGGACAUGCAGAUCUCCAAGGACUUGAACACUGCCUUCAAGGAGUGGCAAUCAAACAACUUGGACGAUUCAGAUCUGAAGACUAGUGUCGACGCCUCAUACCACAUCCUUGGUACUGGUUUCUGGCCUCUGAACCCACCUACUACACCGUUCACGCCACCGCAACUCAUCGUUCAGACUUACGACCGCUUCGCUCGCUUUUACAACCACAAGCACCAAGGUCGUAAGCUUACCUGGUUAUGGCAAUUGUGCAAGGGUGAGGUCAAGGCCAACUACUGCAAGGUCGCGAACCUGAAGACUUCACCAACCUUCCAGGUCUCGACUUAUCAAAUGGCAAUCAUGUUGUUGUUUAACGACAGCGACACUGUCUCUUAUGAUGACAUUGCUGAGUCCACUAAGCUGAACAAGGAGACCCUUGAUCCUAGCUUGGGUGUCUUCAUCAAGGCCAAGGUCCUCCUCGCCCAACCUGAGGGUGCCAAGGCGGAAUCUGGUACCUCCUAUAAGCUCAACACUGGCUUCAAGACCAAGAAAGUGAAGAUGAACUUGAACAUUGGUAUCAAGUCUGAGCAGAAGGCCGAAGCGGAAGAUACGCACAAGACGAUUGAGGAGGACCGCAAGCUACUCAUCCAGUCGGCUAUUGUGCGUAUCAUGAAGUCACGCAAGAAGAUGAAGCACCAGCAGCUCGUCUCCGAGACCAUCCAGCAGAUCAAGAACCGGUUCAUGCCCCGCGUCCCCGAUAUCAAGAAGUGCAUAGACAUCCUGCUCGAGAAGGAGUACCUGGAGCGUCUAGAGGCUGAUGAGCUCGGUUACCUGGCAUAA